UAAAAAAGAUGAAAAGAACUUUCCCCUUCUCAGAAAAGAACAAAGAGUGGCCACAGUUUCUUACAGAAAAAAUUCACAGGAAAUGCGUGAAUGGAAAGGAAUUAGGUUAAUCAUCCCCAAAACAACCUCAAAUGGCUACCCUCUUCACCGCCAUUCCUCCUCCUCCCACGUCUCAAACUCCACAACCAACCUUCACUGCUACACGUCACCCACGCUUCAUAUUUUCCAUUUUUACCUAAUUCAUACAUUCAAUAAAAGAAUUAAAUUUUACCAUCAUAUUGUAAUAAUAUGUUCAUACCACUCUUAAAAAAAUAAAACUGAUUUUAAGGUAAUACAAAAAAUUACAUUAAUUGGCAUGGAUUAUGUUAUGGGUAUAAAAGUGUAGAAAUAUUGGUGAGUGAUGAGAGCGUAGUGGAGAAAAAAAGAAGUGUGUGGGUGAGUGAGAGCGCGACAUACUCCUACUUUGUUCAUAAAUGUUUCGAUUUUCUCUGUAACCCCAUUCAAGCAUUUUUUUUUUUUUUCCAUUCUGAAUUUACGAACAGGCGCACUAAGCAAUAACAAAGUGAUAGUACUACUACUACUAAUAGUAGUAUUGUAUUGUGAUUAGUUCCGACUUGUUGCUUUGCUUUGUCACCACGAAAUGAGUGCUCAACAAAAAGAAACGGAAAAUCAUGACACGCUUUCGUCCAAUCCAACGGUGGGUGAUACAAUGGGGGUAGCCGGUGAAACCUCGCAUGGAAACAAUGACUGGAAGCCAGAGAAAAUUCAGUUGGAAAUACCGACCACAACAUCGGAAGACUGUUGUCGGGAUUUUGUUGGAAUAAGGAUGCCACUGACGCCAAGUCCAACUCCUAGUCAGAAGAAAGUGAAUUUUCUUGUGACUUCUCGCUCUGUGGAUGCUCCCAGACCUUCUUCUUCUUCUUCUUCUUCGGCUUCCAGAGGCAAAUCAUCCAUGAGAAACAUCUUGCCGAGGUUUGGCUUCAAGAAUCGUCAGUCGCUUGAUGUCGAAAAGGCUGUUACCGCAGCUUCAGAAGCUUCUUUUUCUGGCCAUCAAGAAAAGUCCUCCAUCGCUAGAUCAGUGUCUCUCACCAAGAUAUUCACUCCUAAGAUUAAUAGAACGUCUUCGUUACCGGUAGAAGAAAUUGGGCGUGCAGACGUAGAAUCUGCUCUGGCUGGAACUCUUGCUGCUUCUCCAUACGGAAGAGAGACGCAGGGGAUGAUAGCUCGUUCUCGUUCAGUGCCUGUCAAUAGCAAAGAAAAAGGCAUAAGGAGAAUGGAUUCAGUUUUCCGCAUCAUUCCUUCCACUCCUCGCGUACAUGAAGUCAAUCAAUCAACAAAGGAUUCUGACAAUGGAGGUGGUGAAGAUAUUGGUCAAGAGGAAGCGGUGUGCAGAAUUUGUCUGGUUGAUCUAUGUGAAGGAGGUGAGACAUUAAAGAUGGAAUGCAGCUGCAAAGGUGAACUGGCUCUGGCUCACCAAGAAUGUGCUGUUAAAUGGUUUAGUAUCAAGGGUAACAAGACCUGUGAUGUGUGCAAGGAGGAAGUUCGGAACCUCCCUGUCACUCUCUUACGGAUCCGAAGUGUCCAAACCCAGAAUACUGGAGUAAGGUCCGAGCAGGGAGAUGAUUUCAGGGUUUGGCAGGAACUCCCAGUGCUUGUUAUUGUCAGCAUGCUUGCCUACUUUUGUUUCCUUGAGCAGCUGUUGGUUGGAAAAAUGGGAACCAGGGCAAUUUUCGUCUCUCUUCCAUUUUCAUGUGUACUAGGCCUACUCUCCUCCGUGACAUCAACGACCAUGGUGAAGAGCAAGUUCAUCUGGUUAUAUGCAUCUGUCCAAUUUCUUUCGGUGGUCCUAUUCGCUCAUAUAUUUUACCCCUUGGUUGGUAAGCAUGCGGUUUUGUCGAUCCUUCUUGCUACAUUUGCCGGGUUUGGUGUUGUGAUGAGUGGAAGUUCAAUUGUUUUGGAGAUUUCUAGAUGGAGAAGAAGAUGGCAAACUUUAUCACAGCAGCAGCGUGGUUCUUCAGCAAUGACACAAGAAGGGCUAUCAAAUAACUAAGGAUUUUGCUUCAGUGUACAUGUGCACAAGACUUCAAUGUACAGCUUAUAUAUCAUCCUGAUAGAGAAUAACCUAGGACUAGAGUUUCUCUUGCAGUGGAAUAAUAACUUUCCUUUUUGCUUCAAGUAUUUUUCUGCAUCAAAUAACGGAUAAUAUCACUUCUUUACUCUAUAAUCAUAGUAAAACGCUGCAACACAACCACUACACCACACUGUCGUCAUUGCAGAGAAAGAAAAAGAGACAAAUGCAGAAAGAAAGCUCUUUUAGGAGUACAUUUUCUGUAAGGAUGCUUUCCAGAAAAUCUCUUUCGAAAUACAUAUUCUGAAAGUUAGUUUCACGGAAAGUAAAAUUGUCAUUUUGAAAGCUUUAGCAGGUGCACAAAGAAAUUAUAGGUGUGCAGAAAGUAAAA